AUGGUCUUUGAGAGCGAGCUCCACAUCCCUGGCGCCAUCAUGGAGAUAAGAGGCUUGGAAGUCAACGGUGAGAAUGAUUGUAAACGACACACUUUGGGAUACUUGCAUCUCAAGCCAUUGAUCUUGAUUGACGCAAUGGGAGUUUUGGCUCAUUCCACCGGCCCUUCCAUGGCGCUUGCACCGUCGAAACGAGGCUGCUUGAACUCUCACCAGGAAGAGAUCAGCUUUGAUGAUGAUAUCCAAAAUCCCCCAUAUUCUGAAAAGCACCCCGAUGGCCUCAUUGACAUAUCAGGUUCCUCGAAUGAAGGCAUGAGGGAUUAUCUCGAGGAAUAUUGUGCCAAGUACCGAGAGAAUCUUCCACUGUCUCAAGUACUCGAGUAUGGAUCGGUGGCAGGUCCAGAAAAGCUCAACGUGGCAAUGGCCCAAUUUUUCAACGAAUGGUUCAGCCCCUGUGUCCCGGUCGAGGCAUCAAAUACCUUGGCUACAAACGGCGUGUCAUCUCUUAUUGAUAUGAUUGCGUUUAAUAUUUGCGAUCCGGGUCAAGGGAUACUGAUGCCUGUGCCGACGUAUUCCAUGUUCCAAGGCGACUUGCACGACCGAAGCGGUGUUACCGUUGUACCAGUCAGAAUGUCUCACCCCGAAGAUCAAUUCAGAGCCGAGUUUCGGUUCCAGGUGGUGAAAGAUUGGAAAAGACUUACGGAGAUGCCUCACGCAAGGGAGUCAAGAUUCUGCGGCCGACACGACUUGCAUCUGGUGGCGGACGAAAUCUAUGCACUCUCGGGGUUUCCGUCGAUGUCGAACUCACUGCCCACCUUUACUUCUGUCCUUAGCAUACCGGACGACGAAAAGAAUAGAGUAGCGAAAGAAAACAUUCACUCCCUCUACGGCGUCAGCAAAGACUGGGCCAUGGGUGGACUUCGACUCGGGUUUCUAGUCACCCGUAACACGGGGUUGUGGAAUGCUUGCAGAAGAGUCGCGCUGUUCACUUGGGUGACACACUUCUCAACCCAAAUGUGGACCGACUUCAUACAGGACAACAAGAAUGUUCAAGACUAUAUCCGCAUCAACAGAGAAAGACUUGAGAAGAAGUACCGAGCUGUCACAACGCUGAUGGGUGAAAACGACGGUCCCGUUCCUAGAGGCCAACGGGGGCCUUUUCAUCUGGAUUGA